AGACCAUAUAAGAAAAAGAGCAGUCUUUCCUCACCUCGUAUCAUGCUUUUUUAACCCUUUGAUAGUCAAUUUUCAUGUUUGGAUUUGAGUAUAGGAUCUAAAAAAAUCGUUGUAAUUGAUCUUUCAGUUGACUUAAUUUUGGGCGACUUGAUUAAGACUAAAAAAUCGUUGUAAUUGACAGCUCAGCUGUAUCAAUGAGGAGUACGUGUGUACAACAUUAUUGAGGAGAUGAGUGAAGAAUUCAAAUAACAGAAACAGUCAAUGCAAAUGCUAAAUCCGGCAAGAUGAGAGGACGUGUUACCCUGGGCCUGAAUUUAGAGAUAUCAUCAGAUGGCAAUCUUGUUAUCCUGGAUGGUCAAAAGCAAAUCGUGUGGUCUAUAAAUCUUUCGAGUUCUGUUGCCAAUCGUAGCGCUGUGCUCUUAGAUACAGGCAAUCUGGUUCUACAAGACGACUCCAACAAUACCAAAUAUGUUUGGGAGAGCUUCCAGCAUGCUUCCGACUAUUGGUUAGAGAAGAUGAAGAUUACAGGUUUGGGUAUGAACGAGAAGAAUAUACUGACGUCAUGGACAAGUCCUGAUGAUCCCACACCUGGAAGUUUCACCAUGACCAUUGAACCUUCAAACGUUCCUCAGUCAUUUGUUUGGAAGGAUGGUGAUCCUUUUUGGCGCAGUGGUCCAUGGAAUGGUAGUAUAUUCACUGGGAUUCCGGACAUGAGCUCAGAAGAUGGUUAUGGAGUUAAGGUAGUCAGUGACUCUCCAGAAACUGCAUAUGCAAUAUAUACCCAUCCGUAUCCAUCUUUUUUGUUCCACUAUUUCUUGAACUCUUAA